AAAUCACUCCCCCAAAAGCGAAACAGAAAAUUGAGAAGAAGAAAAAAAAUUAGGGUUCUUCAUCAACAAUAAGCGAUGGGUGACUUUGAAGGCUGGACUAAGUGGCUCGUACCAGGGUUUUUGCUGUGGAAACCAGAGGAUCCUGGCUAUGAGAGACCUGCGUACAGGGAUUGGACCGAGGAGGAGGAUGAGCCUAAGUACUCACCAGAGGAAGAACUUGCCUUGCUCGACAAACAAAUCCUUGCAAGCGAUGGGUUUGAUAUCGACUACACACACUUCCGGUGUGUCUUCAACUACCAUCUUGCUGAUCUCGACUCAGAUGAAUUCGCUGAGGAGCCAACAGAAACCACUAGGGAUUUACUCGAGAGGCUCUCUAGGAAGGCCCUUGAUGACCACAAUCUCGAAUAUGGAACAGAAUUUGAGUUUGUCAAGGUUGUGAAAGCCAACUUUCACUGGUGUUGUGCAUAUAUGUUUCUCAUAACAUUUGAAGUUGUUGAUCCUUAUGAUAACUUGAUUAAACUCUUCCAAACAAGGGUUCGCUACGAGACAGAUAUCGUGACUGAGUAUGUCUUCUGCAGGCCGAAACCCAAUCAAGGAGUGGAAUGCAUUGGUGUGAAGAACAAUGAUGAUGUUGGGAAAGAUGUCCAAAACAAUGUCAAGAAACAAAAGAUUGGAGUAUGAGCUUCUAUAUGCCACAAGGAGUGAGAACCGAGAGAUGAUAAUUAUCAUUUCCCACUUAAAAGGUCCGUUUUGGUGAAAUGAUAUAGUUGCUUGACAAUCAAGUUUUUGUUUUAUU